AUGCAGCCUCAUCAGAGAGAGCGUGCGGAUGCCAGAAGCUCCGGAGGGCAACUGCGUGUAAAGAACAACUAUAAAAUAUUCCUUGUUCGUCAUCUCGUCUGCUUCAAGAGCAGACAUGGAGUUUUUGGUUGGGUAUCAGUGCUACGGAAGUUGACUGUGCUGGCUCUCGCCGCUCGCUGGGCGCAGGCGCUGCCCAAGCCAGGAAGCUACUAUACAGACGAGGCCGCGCACCGCUUAGUGCACUUCGACCUUCACAGUGGCGACUGUCUACUUUUUGGUGACAGGAGUCACUGUGACUGCAACGAAGCUUUCCGGGCGUGCCUGAAGGCUGAGGGCAGCGGCGCAGCGAAGGAAGUUGGAAUCGCAUUUUUCUCCACAGGCUUAUUCCAGUGCUACCGACUCGCGCCUCCCACGCACGCAUGCACCAAGUGGGCAGGGAUGCUGACUCAGGCAUGUCAGGAGUACAAGUUUGGCACCUCAGGCGAACUUCGCUGGCAAGUCUUUGACAUGGCCGCCUUUGAAUAGAUUCCUGCCGAUACCACGCUCAUCUGUAGCCAACAUUGACAAGGCAAUGAAGACCUGCCCAAUGUACAUCGAAGUUUUUGGGGAGGCGUGUUCGAUUUUAAUUGUGUAGACUUCAGAGGGAUUUAGUCCGAGAAUUCUAUUUAAUUUUUGAAAUCUUAGAUUUUUAUUUGGUCCUCUAAAUCUCUAUCUUCGUACAUAUCUACCUGCGGUCUGCCAUAUCUGCAUUCUCAACGCUCCUCAACAUUGCAUCUCAAUUCAGACAUGCGAUCGAUUCUACAUUCAACUAAUGCGUCUAAGUAUUUUAAAAAUCUUCCGUAUACUAACUAUCGCAUUGUAUGCUACUAUAUACCUAUGUAUAGUGGUAUAUGAACAUGUAUAAAGCAAAAACUACCAUAGUUUCAUCAAUAACCGAGAUUUCAUUGUUUUCAUGGCGUAAACAUAAUAACAUUAUUACUUGAAUUUGUAGUCUGCAGAUUUGAGUUCAAGCAAGACUAGUUUACUACUACUGUUUAUAUGAUAACAUUUCCAUAAUAAAACGUGCAUAAGGUAAUAGCAGUGCCGUGCGAUUGGCGAACAACGUUACUUUUUCUAUUCGAAAUCCUUGAACACUCGGAGCGACCGACCGCUCCUUUUACUAAUGCGUGGACACUUCAUGCCGGAGGUUCAUCGGCCUGUCACCUGCAUAGAGCGAAUGGUGCAAGAGUGUCUCUUGCUUUGGAUGCCGUAUGUGCAGUUUUCCGAGCAUCACCCUUUUAUAUGCCACCAAAAAUUUCUCUACGAGAGAAGGUCAUGGCAUCCACACAUUUAAGAAGAUGAAUAAAAAUAUCACCCAUUCUUGCCUAAAGAAAUGGGCACACUUUCGUGUCGUGACAUUUUUCUAUUUUUUUCCCCUACUGUUACGUGAGAUUCAAUACUGAUUCAAUUUCCUCAAGACAAGUUACACAUUUCAGUUGUACCGUGAUUAAUUACUACCACACAAAGACACAACGCUAAAAAAUUCUCAUGGAUCUCUCUCAAAAAGCUGGUGAGCUGCACUAUAUACCAUGGCGGUGUUCGUGUUUUACAUCAGGCAAUCUAUGCAGUCUUGAGAAAACUUGAGGUAUAACCACUUUUUUGUUAGUUGCCCCUACAAAGUUUCCGGCUACUUCUAAAAAUAUCAGCAGCAGCAGCGCCAAGGGCUCAGUCUGUAAUUAUGACUGGCCAGACCACUCCCAACCUGCACGAAUUUUUAGUGCGAUUGGUUGACCGUCAGCGGGUCGACGAGUAUGUUGUAGGGGAUCGCUUCUAUCACUUCCCCGCAAUUUGAUGUACUGUAACAUACGAGUACGUGCUGUUCGAACGCUACUGGUCGAGUAAACACUUGAGAUUUUGACACGUUAUUGUAAUGUUCAAUUCAAAUUAUAUUUCAGUUAUCCUCGCUACAUUUUACCAGUAGAGCUAAGCCCUUCCUCGAGACAAGUUUUAUUACAAGUAUGCCGUUCGUAGUGGAAACUUACUUCAAAUUCAAUUCCGCCAGGAAUUACAUUUUUCGCUCAGUAUUAGAUUUAAGGGGAGCGUCUGGGUGUUUUUGUAACUAGUUUAUUUAAAGACGUAUCACUUGGAAAUUUUGUACACGUAUGUAAAACAGAGAUCUAAGACUUUUUAGUUCGUGUCAAUUUUUCGAAAUAAAUGAAAGAAAACUUGAAAUUCUUAAGAAGCGGCCAUAAAAGGAGGUACUGUAGAUAUCUAUCUCCUCCUAGGAUUUUCAAGCUACACC